AUGACCCCGGAUCCUACCGAUCAGAAUGAUUCGGAUGAGGGCAAGGGCAAGGGCCAGGGCCGUAACAGCGAUUCAGAUCCCAACUUCAAAUCUACGAUUCUCAAGAUGCUUGAAACUGCGGCAACCACGGCGGCAUCAAUUGCCAUUCUAGGCGCGGCCGGAUACUGGUAUCACCAGUACUACAAGUACUUGAUCUUGGACAAGAUGGACAAUGCGUUCAACCCAGGUGAUCCUGCCCUCGAGGUCGCGGGUGUUGUCUCUGGAAAGCACAAGUACCGCCAUGAGGAACAUUGGGUCGUUCGCAACGAGCAACCCAGAAUUGACGAUAUUGUAGCUGGGAAACAAAGUGGCCACUACUAUCUAAUGAUUGGUGAAAAGGGCACGGGCAAGACUUCGAUGCUUUUGGAGGCUAUGCGCAAGAUCAACGGCAACAGCUGUGCGUUGUUCGAAGCGCAUGCUGAUCUCGAAAUCUUCCGAAUUCGACUGGGCAAAGCUUUGGACUACGAGUUCCACGAGGACUAUAUCGGCAGUCUUUUCAGCAUCCGUGGACCAAGAGACACCACGGCUCUCUUGGACAUUGAACGCGCCUUCAACAAGCUAGAGAAAGUGGCUCUCACCAGAAGGCGGGAUGGAUCAACUCCUCUUAUUCUGAUCAUCAACAGUACCCAUUUAGUUCGAGACGACCACGAUGGACAGGAUUUGCUUGAGAUGAUUCAACAGCGUGCCGAGCAAUGGGCUGCUAGUGGUCUCGUCACAACAAUCCUUAACAGCGAUGACUAUUGGGUAUACGAGCGCUUAAAGCGUUAUGCAACCCGCAUGGAAGUCAUUCCCGUGACAGAUCUACCCAAGGACAAGGCGAUGAGUGCUUUGAAGAAAUAUCGCCAGCAAUUCCACAAUGAGACACUUCCAUCUGAGGUCCUCGAGCAAGUCUAUGACAAAGUCGGCGGUCGACUAUCCUUCUUGAACCGCGUGGCCAAGUCUCAGGACAUCACAAGGACUUGCGAUGAGAUCUGUCAAGCCGAGAAAACAUGGUUCCUAAACAAGUGCUGGAUCCUUGGAAUGGAGAUGGAUGAUGAUGUGAUGGACCAGCAGAAGUACGCCUCUGCCGCUAUGGUUCUGGCGAAAGCGCUGGUAGACAAAGAGAAAGCGAUGGAGUCAAACUACCAUGAAGAACAAGGUCACAUCCUGCCAGAAAUCCCGCUCCAUGAAGCGCGUGAGAUCAUGACCCGUGCCGACUUUAUCCAAUCUUAUGAUCACGAAAAUAUCUUCACCAUUGAUUCGCGAGCCAUGGUGCGUGCCGACUCAGUACCCAUGCAGCGUGCCUUCCAAGAAAUAUGCGCUAUCGAGAACUUUGACAAGCACCUGGACGGCACAUUGCAGCGCAUUGGAGACAUUGAAAGUCUUGGCCGUACUCGCGAAUUGACUAUCAAAGAUCUCUGGGACAGCGGCAAGUAUCGCGUUGUUGUACGAGACAACCGCGGACGGGAGAGUGGGACAGUUGAAUUUGCUGUGGCAGAACGCGAAGUCAUCUCGCUCUCCAAAUUUGGCAACCCCAAAAUGCCGACUAAAACUCCCAAGAAGCGAACUGUGUCGUGGAGCGAGAGCACGCGACCCGCGCGCGAGCUUGCGACGACGGCCACUGCACAGACUUCUCGAUUGGCGUGCAUCCCAUCUCUAGCCCGCUUCCUCCUUGUCGUUCUAAGCAGUCUCAUUGUGAGCUCUGUUCUGUUCACACUCACAUCCACCUUCACCGUGGGCGAUCUCGGGCCUAUCAGCAAACACCUCGAAGAAUGGUGGGAGGUGGGGGGCUUGAUAGCCUGGAGGGCUGUGGAAGUCGGAUUAGCCUGGGUUCUAGGAUUUGAUGGUCGUGAUGUGGCAUCGUUCUUAUUUCUGACCCAUCUGCCAACAUAUUCUCUCUUGUCAUUCUUCUACGGCAUCCGCCCGACUUCUGCAUUGAUAGCAUAUGGAGUCACGAUUGUCUCAACGGCGCUUCCAUUCGCCCUCCUGCGCCGGCCCUCGUCCGUCCACAAUCUUUCGCAUACGUCUGCUGAUGCAGUUGCCAAUCGAAACAUUCUACAGGACAAAACUACCACUGUCUUCACAACGCUUCUGGCAACCUCGAUUUUUAGCGUUGUGUUGUACGUCAGCUAUGCGACUUGGCUUCCUACACAGCUGGUCAUUCACUUCGAGGGUCUCCCGGAUAUCAGCGCGGCGCAUGCUGGUCCCGCCGGCUUGCCUGUCCUCUUCCUGACGCUGAUUCCUGCUGGCUGGGCCGCGCGCGACUUUUUAUUUGUCAGCUCCACUGGCUAUUCAACCACUCCCACUGGGUCUGCAAGCUGCUGCGAGGGUGAAUAUUUGGCUGCGUCCAUUUGUCGCAACACUUGGGGUAAACUAACCACAAAGACGCGAGUUUUGGUUUCUCGGUCCAUUAUUCUUGCGCUUGUAGUCCUGAUCAACACAAUUGUUCAAGUGGCUGGCACAAUCAGCGAUGUCUCUGUCGAAGGUGCCGCCACUUGGGGAGCUGUCUGGGCAUUUGCGACGCUGACCGCAGGAGCAACAUUCGGCUGGAUCGAAGCCGUUGAUGGUGUAUGA